GUUUCUAUCAGUGGAAGCGCUCAGUUGCCGCCGCGCGGCCGCGUGUGAUCCGCAGUUUUUGAAGUCCUCCUUCCGAAAAAAGGUUCUCGUAGUGUUCCGAAAUUCGAACCUAUUAAAAAAACCCAAAGGAAAGAACAAAAACUAGUAAUAAACGAGUUUCGAAUUAAACGGGCAGAUAUAAAGCAACCGAGUGUAUCAAAUUAACCGAAGUUCUCGGAAAAAUUAAUAAUUUAAUUAUAUUCGUCCGGUUCGCUAUUCUCCAAGUGAUGAUGAUUUUUAAAUUAAACCUUCUCGACGCAACGUUCUUUCAUCACAACCUCGUAUCUGCGAGGAGAACAUUGAUAAACCCGAUUGAAAAUUGAAACUCGACAGUGAAAGAAUGUUACACCGAUGCCGCUCGAGUAGGAAUGUUUCUCUCGCCGAUAAUUCGUUACAGUUACCUCCAUACGAUUAAGUCAAACAAUUUCGGAGUGGUAUCUUCAAAAGCUAAAGUUUACAGUAAACUUUAUAUGGAACAUUAGAAUCGUAUACGACUGCGUAGAUGCUCUUCGUUACACGGGAGAAGAACCAUGGAAGCAAUGCGGGUCUAAUUGGUCAGCUUUCAUCUUUCCUCUUUUCAUUUUCGAAUAGGUACCGGAAAAAGUUUGUGCGGGUUCUUAACCAGUUAAUUGUGGAAUUUAGUUUGAAAAAUCUCUCAUUGCCUGCGCAAUAAAAUUGAAUAAUAAAAUCUAUACUCGUCAAACGCAGAGCAAAUGCGUCUAUAAUAUAUUCCAACCAAAACCAGAAGGAAAACGAAGGAGAAUUAUGCAUUUAUCUGAGAAAAUAAAUAAUUUACCAUUGACAAAGUUAGUAUCAUUUUGCGUUUUAAGAUGACGCGUAUAAAACUGAAUGACGCUUUUCUAUUUUUACAUAAGAAAAUUAUAAAUAGUACGAUCGUUCCAUGUUUCAAUUUCUAAGCGGGCAAUAACGCCAAUAAACAUUAAUUAGAAGGAAAACAAAUAAAUAAGCAUAAUCUAAUUCUACGAAUUGAUAAGCUGACACUCGUAGUCAGUGUAACGGAGAAGCGCGAUCGCGCUACUUGGGAUUCAAACGGUUAAACACAGAGGAAAAUAAUUAUAUAAUAUAAAAUAACUAUAUUAUAAUAAAAGUUUUCAUAAAUUAAUUUUAUUUUGUUUGAUACCAGCGAUAUCGGUAAAACCGCACGAACUUUCUUUGGUAUUUAAUAAUUUAUUAAUUUAUUAAUUUUGCUUUUCGUCAAUAUGGUUACACGUAAGCAAUGAAAACUAUAAACAAAACACAUAACGAGAGACUCUUUUAUUCUCUGUGCUGUCCUGAGAUUCUUCUCACAUGUAAUAAAGAGAGUUGUACAUUGAUGGAAAGUUGACAUUCGGUACAGUAUAAGGGCAGAAGUGGAUUUUCGUAAUGUAUUUUGUUUACAUUUGUUUCUUUCAUAACUACAUUUUUUGGGAUUAUUUCGUUAUCAAUAAUUUGCUGGAAAUAUUAUAUUUAUGUUUUUUUUUCUUUCGACAACCUAAUAAGCUCAUUAGCAACUAUAUCGGAUUAUAUAGUUAUAUUAUGUUUUCAUUGGUUGUGAAUAAUUACAUUUGCUUGAAAGUAUAAUAAUUCAUAAUAGAAAAAUAAUUAACGCAUUCGAUAUGGCUGGAAACUAGUUUCCAAAGCAAUAAUGUAAUCUCCAAGGCGAGUUUUUAAAAUAACCACGCGAUCCGAUUUUGGGGACUAUAAUCAUAAUAUAGAGUGAGAAAUAUUUAUAUUAAUUUCCUUUAGAUCUUCCUUACGAGUCUGGCCCAAUUUCAUUCCGAAGGGUUAAUCACGAUGUGACUGUAUCGACGAAUAGCACAUUAUUAUCGAAAACACAUACAAGAAGGGAAAUGCACGACUCUGAUCAAUUAGAUUCGCAUUCUUCUCGGGUGCCUUCAUUCUAUCAACGCGCCGGUGACGAACCCAGUCAGAGUACAGCAAAAGAGAAAGAAAACAUCGUACGCUACGGGAUUUUGCUUUUAAGUGUUGCUACUUCUCCCGGCGUAACACUGAUGAGGGAACUUCAGCUCCACGAAAAUUCCAUUCUUUUGGAAACUUUGCGAGUUCGUGGACGAGAUGAAUAAAGAAUUGAAAGAGCUUCCGCCUAAAAGAGCUUCAGUUUUCCUAAAAAUUGUAUUUUCAGUUCCACCUUGAAGCAACGAAUAAUAAGUAAAAAUGCGUUUAGUGUUAAAACUCAAAGUUAAGAAGAAAACGGAGCCAAUAAAAUCAUGAACGAGAUAUAAAGUGCGAGGAACAAUUGACGCUCCAUGGGCGUCGAAUAUCGUUUCCGUUUCUUCGCGAACGUACAAAGUGUGCCGGCCAAGGCGGAAUUGAAUUACGUCGAUCGGAAGAUAAUCGAAUUCGUUCGGUUAAUUGGUUUAUGAUAAAACGUGUAAGUUAUCUACCGUCGGUUUCGACGCAUCUUCUGCCACAGCGUGCAGCUUGACGUCGUGUCCUUGGUCGUGACCUGAAAAAAUUGAAGACACUGUAUCUAUGAGAAUGGUUAAUAUGGACAUGCAAACCGAGUUAUUUGCCUUACGUUCGCGGCGCAUUUAAAUGGUGUGUCCAUAAAACCAGGGAUUAUUUGUUUAACGAUGCCGUCGAAUACGACAGUGGGGAGCACCCUAUUGGAGGAGGACCUCCGCCGAAUUCUGCUCGAAAGAGAGCAAAAGUGUUUCGACUUGCAGAUGAUGAACUCAACACCACUACCAGAGCCAUAUUGUCGAGUGACAUUCGAUGGAUGGUCAUGUUGGCCCAACACUCCAGCGGGAACAACCGUAUACGCGCCAUGUCCAAAUUUCGUCACCGGCUUCGAUGCAUCGUUGAUGGCGCACAAAUAUUGCGACACGAAUGGUACCUGGUUUCGGCAUCCGGUGUCCGAUCAAGUUUGGAGCAACUAUACCACAUGCGUCAACUUGAAAGACCUCAAUUGGCAGCAGGGGAUUAAUGGAAUUUACGAAGCCGGGUACGCGAUAUCGCUCAUAGCGCUGCUGCUAUCAUUGGCUAUUCUCACGUAUUUCCGAUCCCUGAGAUGCGCGAGGAUCACUCUCCAUAUGAACCUGUUCGCUUCGUUCGCCGUGAACAACGCUCUUUGGCUGGUGUGGUACAGGUGCAUCGUCGCGAACACGGAUUUACUAUUGAACAAUGGGAUAAUUUGCCGUCUCCUGCACAUUAUCCUGCACUACUUUUUGCUCACUAAUUACGCCUGGAUGUUGUGCGAGGGUUUUUACCUUCACACCCUUCUCGUCAGUGCUUUCACCAGCGAGCACAAGUUGGUGAAGUGGCUGAUGGCGCUCGGGUGGCCGGUACCCGCGGUCAUCGUCACAAUUUAUGCCUGUUUGAGGGCGUUAAGCGAUGAUCCGGCGGACACCGAACAAUGUUGGAUCAACGAGGGCAACUACAUGAAUGCGCUAGUUUACCCAGUCUGCGUUUCUACCCUUCUAAAUCUGCUGUUCCUCUUCAACAUCGUGAGGGUUCUAUUGAUGAAGCUGAGGGCAGGCCCUACGAUUGGUACACGACCAUCGAGGUCCAUGCGGCAAGCUUUUAGGGCGACGCUGCUUCUGGUGCCACUUUUGGGUUUACAUUAUUUGGUGAUCCCCUUCAGACCGCCGAAGGACCACCCGUGGGAGCAAUUUUACGAGGUUCUUUCUGCAAUCACGGCCUCUUUUCAGGGACUCUGCGUCGCCAUUUUAUUCUGUUUCUGCAACGGUGAGGUAAUAGCGCAGUUCAAGAGGAAAUGGGAAGGCACGGCUCUUCUGCGAAAUCGAGCCAAUUCUUGCACGGCCACGACCGUCUCGGUCCGAUGGCGGGAGAGGAGAAGGUGUGACUAUCAGUCGCCCGCGCCGGAACAACUCGAUGGGAAGCACGCGGAUAAUCGACAAACCGUACAGCUGAUCGCCACCAAUAAUCUCGACGAUCAUCCCCAACUGUUGAUCAAGCCCAAGGACAAGAAUAACUAUGAGCAGACGCAAUGUUGAUGAACCCGGUGGGACUAGUGGACUGUGAGGGCGUCCGGGUGACCGCUGGACGUCAUUGAAGAAUAGAACUUAAUGGUGCGAGAAACAUCGGUGAACCAUGUGUUAUCUUUUUCUAAGGGAGUCUGAUCUUGGAAGGACGUUGAUCGAAGAUCAGAAUGAUUGCAAAGGAUUAGGCUUAUUCCUUCAGAUGACUUGUGAUUUUCUGUAAUGGACGGUGGCUGAUGAAAAGACGGUCAGAAUAGAAGACUUGGCAAACAUGAAAGUAUGAAUGUGAUGGAGUAUUUUGUUGGAAAGUUUGUUUAGUGAAAACGCAAAAAGUAUGAACGCUUCGCGGUAUUCGAUCUGUUUAGGGGUUGCGAACUAUUGGAGCGUGGAAGGAAAGAAACUCAAGAAAAUAUUGAAUAUUGACAGAUUAUGUAAUGCUUGCAGUAGUUUUGCUUUUAAUGGUUUUCGGUGAAAUAUUGUUUACAGAAUGGAGCUAUAAAAUCUAUGAAAUGUAUGUAUGAAAAGAUUAAGUAAUAUGGUAUAAUUAGUAUAGGAUUGAUUUAGGAAAAUUAUUAAGAUGCUCUUGACAAAAUGAGAUAUUUGAUAUUUUUGGAACAGCGUUGAAAUGAAAUGACAGAUGGAAAUCAGAGAUAUUGUCUUUAUGUACAUGUAAAUUACAUUACCGAGUAAUCUAUUAAUAAUCGUUGUUUAAAUCUGUAAAAAUAAAAUUUAUCGAAAAAAUCUGUAGAUUGUAAAUAUAUUGAAAAAAUAUAUAAUUGAAGGUAACAUUAUUAAUUCUACACAGAUUUAGUUAACUCAAUAUUUCAAAUUUUAUUUCGUUAAUUUCUUCAGCGCGCAGAUACGUAUUCUUCUCAUAUAUUAAUUAAUAUAUAACUAAAAUAAUUUUCUACAAACCACAAAUAAAUCUCCGAGAAAAGUAUAAUAACUGAUUGGCUGCUCAUUGGUACUUAUGCAAUAGGCAAGGAAUUUCAUAUUAAGCAAUACAACGAUUCUUAAUUUGCGUAUAAUAAAUCAAAAUUAUAGAAUAAGGAAAUACUAUGUAAUUACAACAGUAUCAUAUUUGAGCUUAAUUAAUUUCCCGGUAUUAUUUCCAAAAAAUACAUUUUUUGUUUAAUAAAGAAAGUAAUAAUUAAUGCAAUUUUAUCACGUAAUUUUUAUACGUAAGCAAUUUUGUAAACGAACAUUUAUUGGAGAUGUAUUUAAUUUUGAGAAAAUACUAAAUAAGCAAGAAGAUGUACAGAUAUAAAAGUUUUUGGCUCACACUGAUAGUAAAAUUAAUUUCGCCAUCCACCGAUUAACAUUUGAAGAAAAUUAUUUUACUAUUGUUAAUAUUUGAAAAAUAAAAAUUAUUUAGGAAAAAGGGGAAGCUAUAAUAAUAUAUUUCAUAUAUUAAUAUUAUAAAUAAAAUUAACAAACAUUUUAACAAUCUUGUUACUAAAAAUAUUUAGUCUUAAUUAAUAUAUGCCUUUACAUGGACGGUUCCCAAACACUAAUAAAUAUAGAUCAGAAUUUCAUUUUUUAAUCUUAUAUAUUCCAAUAUUAUAAUAGUAAUAAUAAAACAUAAAAUAUA